CGUGGUUCAGGCGAAAGCAUGAUAUUCUCGUUCGAGGCCUUCGCAAAACGCUCGAGUAAUUCAACUUUUGUGAAAAAAUUUCGCCGUUUCAUCGAGGAAUCGGCUUCGUCAAGGCAUUUGGAUGAGGUAUGUUAAAUCUCCAGAUAUUUCUUCGAGUAUUUGUGACGUUUUUAGUUCAUUUACACAUAGUGUAUCACCCUUAUUAAGCGUCAUAAGGGUCCAUCGCGCCGUGCCACGAAAAUCAUCCCUUGGGAGACACGGCCUCGCGAAUUCGUUGAAAUUUCGCCUCGGUGUACGUGUGAAAUUUUGAAAUUUUACGUCGUUUUAGUGUGAUUUUUUAAAAUUUUAUUGUCGUAGGUGUUUAGGGCAAGUAUUUAAAGGGGUAAUUUGUUUAGGUUUAUGUCUACGGACGGCAUCAAUUUGCACAUACAAAUCAACCUGCGAGCAGACUCUGCCGGCACCGUAUUAUUGCGAUUGUUAUUUAUCUGGCCGGCUCUGUCGGCUUUGUGGUCGACUUUCGUGCACAGAUCGAAGCGAUUGGUUUUUAUUCGACUUGUUUUGCACCUCGGGUAGUUGCUGCCACUAAUUGGCUAAGUGAGGAGCAGCAAACUGGGCGAUAAUAAUAAAUAACAACUUUUGAUGUCGGCCCAAAAACGUGCGAGGAAAUGGGAAUUAUUACACAAUGGGGGAAGUCCAUGCCCCGCUCUUCAGCGUUUGUCAUCUGUGCCGAGCUGCCGUGAAAUCAAUGACAUUUUUGAAACUCUAUUUGUUCGGGGAUUUUUUAUUCUAUACCAAGGCCCUUCAGAAGUAGCGAUUUGGUCUUAAUGAGCGAUAAGAAAUCGCUGGACACGAACCAGAAAUGAUUUUAAAAUGAAGCCAAAAAAUCAUCAUCACAAAUUUAGUUAUUCCGGCUUCCGGUGACAUCACACCAAACGUACUCAAAUGGCUUCUUUCGAUAUUUGAAUUUGUGUACAAAACCAUUUGUAAAACGAACGUAUGUAUGCUGUUUAAUUCGUUUAUAAACAUAUACUACCGUUUUGUUAAGUUUUAUUUGGUUUUUGCUGUCAAAUGUCAAAUCGAAAUGCGUGACGUUCCUCAUCGUUCGUGUGAAAGAGAUUUAUAAAAUGGCCAAAAGUUAUGUUUAGAAUGUUGUUUGAUAUUUCUGAGAAUUCAAGAAUCUUGGGCUUACUAAAAUGUAGCAAAUAUUGUAGAUAAUUUGCUACAUUGAUAAAUAUUUAGAUGUACUUAUUCUAUCUGAGUUAACCUUCUAAUGCAACGAGUUGUCCUUUUUGAAGGUUUAAAAUUUGAUUUGCAGGAAAGCAACUUGCGUUUACAAAUGUCUAUGUGUUAACUGAAAAAACAAAUAGAGUUUCAUCAAGGAUUAAAUUAUAUAGUUACCAAAUAUUAUGCCAAAAUUUUUAGCACCUUUUAAUUGUUAUAUUGUUUGUCUAUUGUGAUGAAAUGUUUUAUCCAAUAUCAAAGUGUGGUAUUGAUAUCUUUCAACUGUAGUGGAACACUUUAGCCAUGACAUGAUAGCUUAUUUAUAGUAUUAUUUUUUAUUAUAUGGUUACAACAUCUUGUAUUUAAUAUAUAUUAUAUUUAUUUAUAUGGCUUUGGUAGUUGAAAAUACCGCCGUUUUACGUUGCCUUCAUGUUCGGAAAGUCUUCUCCAAAUAUGAGAUAUCGUGUGUAAACAAUUGUAAAUCUUGUAUAACAGACAGAAUUAGCUAACACUUGUUCACGUUAUUACUUUGGAUCGCUAUUCCCAUUGUUCAUGUUAACAGAAGCGAAGAAUAUAAUUUUAUGUAAACCGGCAUGGGUUAUUCCUCCUGUGGAUAAGUACGAUGCAUAGUUCACUUUUUUUCUUCGAUGCUUCCAUAAGAGUAUCAACUAAUCCUGUAAGUUAUUAAGGUCCGGUUUAGACGGUGAGUUUUUCAUGCAUUGCACCAGGGUUUGAAUUUUAUCGCGGCAAUUGCCGUAGAGGGAGAACAAAAUGCCGUGUAAUCAUUGCGGCAACGACAGCAAUUUUUCGCCGUAUAGUGCAAUUUUUAUAUACUAUUCACUGUGCAUUACUAUUUUGAUACUUGAAUUCAGAUGUUGAUCAAAUCAUGAGUAAAUCACUAUUUUAGUCUCAAUUUUCUUCGAAAAAAAAAACACUAAAGAAAUACGUAGACAUGUUUCUGGCUUGUCAAAAAAACUAAAGUAACAAUAAAAUUAAAGUUUUGUAACAGUAAUUUGAAAAUUGCCGUGGAAACUGUAAAAAUUACUGUGGAAACUGUAAAAAUUGACGUAGACAGCUGUUACGUUCUACGGCGAUUUUUAACGCCAUAAUUGCCGUCGAUUGAUUUCAGGGAAAUUCGAGGCCUGCAUUGCACCUAAUGGCUGGUCUAAAGCAUGACUGACCCGUCGGAUUCGUUAAUUUUAAUUAGACCCAGAGGGAGUAUUUUUGACGAGAAUGGCAUGAGUUUUUCAUGCGUUGAACCUAAUGCAACGAUUAAGUUCGACAGACGAGCGGCAUCUAAAUUUGGCAAGUUUUGAUUAUGAUUAUUAGGCUGUGGGCCAUUGUGCAAAAAAGUGCUUAGUAAAGCAAUUUUGUGGCAACCCCCUGGGGUUUAGAUUUUCUGUGGUUGAAUGCAUAGUACCAUAGAUAAUAAUAAUAGGGUCGGCAGAAAAAAAUAAGGUCGUUCGGGAACCGGAACCACAGGUAUUUUUUUAGGCCUUUAAGUAACAGAUUUAGACUCUGCUCUUCUGUCGUACUUAAUAAUUGUUGUAUAAGGUUUGCACAUGAAAAGUUCGCCAUCUAAACAGGGCAGUAGUUGAUUUCGUCCAUUCUAAAAGACUUUCUUUUAUUCUUCAGCAGAGGAGGUCUGUACAUAUAAUUGUGCAAAGAAGAGAUAUUUCAGUGAGCAGCCAUUGUGCUGCAUGCCAAAGAUGACAAGACAAGAAUGACUGCUUGAACGGCAAUCCUUCACAAUGGAUAGAUAGCCUGUGAGGACGUCCAUUCUUCCACGAAAACACUUACAGCUUUUGAUGUGUUGUAUUUUUCUUAUCAUGGCUGGUCUACAGCAUGACUGACCCGUCGGAUUUGUUGAAUUUAAUUGGACCCGGAGGGAUUUUCGACGAGAUUGGCAUGACUAGCAUGCCUUCGUCAUCUCUUCCUCAAAGCUCGACAACUGAUCAGUAUUUCAAUAUGGACUCAUUUCAAAACUUUCCCAACCAACAGUCGAGCACACUUCAGCAGAAGUUACAUCAUUUAGGCGGCCAAUCGCCUUCGCAGGAGCAGUUUCAGCCGUUUUCUCAAAAGUUAAGCCAUUUCGCGAACCCAAUGCUUAGCGGGCAGAAUAACGCGUUUCAAAAUGCUGCGCCAAAUAAACCACAGCAACAACAAUUUGCAAGGAUGCCAGGAAUCCGAAUGCAGUCCCCAACACAGUUUAGCCCCCAGCCUAGCAGUUCACAGGGGGCGAAUUGGCGUGGGCAGACGAACAUGGCUAACUCGUUUGGAUCAUUCGGGAUGCCCCAACAACCUCAGCAGCCGCCCGCCGAACAGGGCGUUCCCGGCAACGCAAUGCCUCAAGGUUAUAUGAGUCCACAGCAAACUAACAUGCAAAGACUUCAACAUUUCAUGACAAAUAAACAAAAUCCAAUGUUAAGUCAAUCGUCAAAUCCAUUUAUGAGUCAAGUAGCAGAGAAUUCCUCGAACUUGACGGAUAUUAGUAAUUCUACUCCGAAAAUGAAUAGCCAGGGUAAGACAGUGUCUCCUGGUCAACAAUUCAACUCCGAAAUGGCAAGGCAAGAACAGUUGAGCAAACUUCACCACUUAGUAUCGGGCGGAAUGCCGUCACCGACGUCAGAUACAGCAACAAACUCGAACUCGCCUAUAACCAGCUUCCAAGCUUCGAGUAACUCGUCGUUCACUCCAUCGCCCGAUCCGUUCUCGCAGAACAAAAACUUGCAACCUAUGUACAACAAUAUGCAGCAGCAACAACAACAGCAACAAUCACCCAUACCCAAUCAAACACCAAUGCAGCCGCAAGAUCCGUUCACACAAACGCCACCGCCAAGCACGAUGGCGCAAGACUACCUAAUGCGGCGGCCGCAACAGUAUGCUGACGGCAGCUACCAAAUGAGACCGAACAUGCCAUUUCAACAACAGAUGAUGAACCAGAAUCCUAACCCAGUGUCAAGUCAGCUAAAGAGUGCUCAUUUACUCUACCAACUUCAACGGUUGCAACAACAAAUAUCGCAAGUCCGUGAGUUGCCGUCUCCGGCUAGGGACCAACCCUUGCAGCAACUGCAGCAGCAAUUUAGUCGGUUAUAUCAUUUGUACUUGAUGGACCAACAGCAACAGAAGAAACAACAGCAAGCGGUUGCGCAAAUGAGGUUUGACCAAGAGAACCUUUUAAAACAACAGCAUCAGGAUAAGGCGAACAGGAUAGUUGCCGAGGCAAUUGCAAAGUCGGCACUGAUGAACAGCGGAUAUAACUAUCAAGCCGAGCCGCAGAUGAAAUAUUUUACCCAACAAUUUGGACCUGCGGUAAAAGGUCCUAUGAAUUAUGACAUGCAGCAGGAUAAAAUUGCUCAAAGAAAAGCCGCCGAACCAAUCGUCUUGCCGCCGUCAAUUGUUAAUCAGCUUCCAAAGACUGUAUGGAGCUCGUCUAAGUAA